AUGCCUGCCCAUCACCACUGCAACCCUCAUGCUGGCCUGCCCCGAGUUUGGCUGGGUUGGGGUGAGCUGGGUAACCGAAAGGCUCAACUCCAAGCUGAGCAGGACGAAUACUUCAAAGCCCAUGCCCCCGAUUUCAAGCUGCGACACCCAGGCAGCCGCCAGCGCGGCUGGGAGGUGCACUUGGAUGUGAUUCGAAAGUCGACCCGUUGGAUCGACUGGCGAAUCCACAAGACUGGAGAUCAGCAAAGACUUGUUCUUCCCAAUUUUUUACGUCUUGAGCAGGUUGACAGCCUUCUUAAUUUCUUUUACACUGGUGACUAUUCCGUUGAUGAAGGCGACUUGAACCAUUACUCGGUUAGACCCUGCCCAGGUGGCUGCGUGACUUGUCCUCAGAUCUGUCAGCUCUUGCGCAUUCACUUGUCCAUGUUCCAAACUGCCCUCCUUCUUAGAAUUACUGACCUCCAGGCUAUUGCUUUCCGCAGAUUCCGUGAUCUCAUGGAUACUGCUCCUUCUUUCGUUUUGCAGUAUGCUGUUCACGCAGUGUAUAGUAGGCAGCCUAUCCCUGACGGGAGCAACAGCUUCCAGAUCACUGGACUGAAGUCCGUCUCGGACUAUCGUCCUGAGCUGGUGCUUCCUGCAGUCCUUAGGUAUUGUGGGUAUUACCGGAUGAAUCCUCAGCAUAUUACAAGACAUGGGAAGAAAGUGAGGGUGUUUGGCGAGGCGGAGUUUGCUGAACUGCGUAAGAAAAGCCCCAAAUUUAGUGGAGACCUGGCUCUUGGAAUUUGGCUGGACACUAUUGAUAUUACAGUCCCGACGAUUCAGUUCCCGGGCACCUCAGAGCCCAUUACGUCCAUUCAUCCAUAUAUGCAAAUGUCACUCCCCCCGCAGGCGGUAGACCCCAAACGCUCAAACUAUCAGUAUGUUACUUACUUGCAGCCAUUGCCUUUCAGGGAUUUUAGUAAACAACGACCUUCCAAGACGCCUAUAUGGAGCCCGUCGCCUAGAACUACCUCCACUGGGUCUUUUGCUACCCCACAGACCUCAUUGCAACGCUCAUCGCAACGCACACAGACAAGCGCCUCGUUCAACCAGGUCAGCCAGGCUUCAGUGCAGCAGACCCAAGGCUUCUCUCAGUUGACCCCGGAACAGGCAGAUGACUUUAAUUUCCUUGAGAAUGCUCUACUAGAUCCCACUAUGGAUCAAGUCAACGCGCAAUUACCACAAGAAUAUUCGGUGGGCCGAACAGAUUGGAAUAAUAUUCACUGGACACAGACGAUGGACUGGAGUGGAGCGGAUAUACCAGAUAUUGACUUCAGCAUGCCUUUGAAUGAUGAUGCCAUGGCUGAGCCAGAGGUGAAUGCAUCGGACUUGACACAGGCAAUGAACUGGACCACCGAGGACUUGGCUAAUGUGGACUUCACCCGGUUUUUGACCGACGAUACUUCGAAUCUGGAGUGUAUCAAUCCAUCCUGCCUAGAACUACCCAUGGAUAUGAACAUGGGCUUGGGUCUACCAGAACAGAACACUUGUGAUCUGACAGGUCUACCGGACCUAACCUCUGUUGAUCUAGCGAACCUCAGCUCGUUUGAUCUCACAGAGAUGAAUUCCUUUGAGCUCCCAGAACUGAAUGAUUUUGAUAUGGCCGGUCUACCUGAUAUCGACUUUUCUGGACUUACCGAGGAUAUUAUGGAUGAAUUCUUGAACCAGCCCCAGUACAUGGACCCGGUCUUCCCUGUAGGAAUGGAUGCCUGUGUUAAUGUGCCCCAAGAGAUUACUUUUGCCCCAGAGCCACUGAACCAACAACAUAUGGGUACAUACUCUACCGCUUCUAGCCUCCGGUAUCCACAGCCAAUCCAGACAAGUGCCCUUCCUAUACAAAGUCCCGCUGAUGGAAAUGUAUUCCAGUCUGCGGUUUCUGCCAAUCGCAAAUCUCGUACAUCCGCUUCACGUCCGCGUCAAGACUCUACUCAAGCCCGAUACAAUUUGAGGAGUCGCCCGAGCACGAUUGAUUUGACCAAGCAACUCUAG